CAGCUAUCCUUUCUUUUUUCUUUAUUCUAUUUCGUUAAUGUCAUCACAGGCUCCAUAGGAGAGUAUAAUGUCCGAUGUGAAGCGGGCUUCACACCAACGAGUGCAGUGAGCGGCUGCACGUUUGCCACUGGGAAGCGACGCAAGGGAAUAGUCGCAAUGAUGCGGUGAUGGCGGCGCCUCCCAAGAAGGGGGGCUACCCUUCUCGGCAGCGCCGCUUUGGGCCGGCGCCCCUGGCCUCCUUUGAGGACUUGCCCACGGAUGACCAGGACAGUAGCCCCGAGCCACGGAGCCCCGACACCCUCAUUCCCUCUGAGGUGUCCACACCACAGGUGGAAGGGGACGUCGACUCGCUGGCAACGCUGACUCCAUGUGGCUCUUCGGUGCUGACGGCCAACGGGUCUCCCUGCUCGCCCGUGGCACCGCCCUUGCUGGAGGCACCGCCGCCUCCUUCCACUGACUCGCUCACUCCCGAAGAGCCGCAGCGUCGCAAGGGCUCCUGGACCGAGUUGUUCCUGCGUGGCCGCUCGCCCCAGCGCAGUAGUGGGACCAGCCCCGAGCCCACCACGAAGGGCUUCUUCUCGUCAUUGCUCAAGCUCGGCGGCCGCAAGUCGCCCCGCAGCCCUUCGCCCCACAGCCCUUCACCCGUGCCUACCGCUCCCCGCCUUUCCGUCACCCUGCACGACGACCAACCCGAGGACGGCGUGCCGGUGGACAGCUUGCCCAACAAGGUGCCCGAGAGUGUGCCGGACAGUAGCAUGCCGAAUGUCGUGACCGACAGGGCGCCAGAAAAGAAACCCGACAAGCGGCUGGACGGGCAGCCCGACGGCUCGCCCAGCAAGCAGCCGGAGGGCAAUCCGAAGAAGCGACAGAGCAGAACUGGUGGGAAGAAGCCGGCUGGUGCUCCCAAUGAGCCCUGCGCCCGACCGCAGGACCUAGAAAUCAACGACCCCUUCGACCGAGCGUGCCUCCUGGAACGAGUGUGCCAGUCGCUGGCGGACAUACCUAGCGCCAGCCGUCGGGGCAGCCGCGAGUCGCCGGAGCAGCUCUCAUCAGAGUCAGAGCUCACGCUGGACGCGGUUCUCGCCAAGCAGAGCAGUCAGGAUGAGUUCGAGACCUUGCUCGCCCAGGACUCGGUGGAAUCUGAGGAGUUCCUCUCGGUCGCCUCCGCCAUGGCACCGCCGCCGCCCUCGCGCAGCCCCGUGCCAACCCGGCAGCAGCGGCUCGAGGUGGUGACCAUCCCAAUCGAGCGGCCGCGGAGCACGACGCCCAUCAACAUCGCGCCAAUCGAGGCAUUCCUGCCGGCGGUGUCGCCGGAGCCCUGCCCUCCCGACAAGAUCCGGCUGUUCCUGCCCGGGGAGCAGUUCACGGGCCGUGGCCCGCGUAGCCCCCGCCGGAGCUCGCUCAAGAGCUGGCUCCACUUUUGCGAGGAAGGUCUGCAGAGCCCGCGGAGCCGCAAGCGGUCCGAGGACAGCCAGGCAGCCGGCUGCUGUGACUGUCCCGGUCCGGAGGCCGCGCACUCGGACUGCACCUGCGACUGCCAUCACCAAUCUCCCGGGAGCAGCUCUCUGAGCAGCCCCGAGCACGCCUCCUAGAGCACAUCCCGCAAUCGUGAGU